GCCACUGCGCAUGCGCACACACACACACGUGUUCGUGACAGCGGUGGUAGGAGGGGGGCGCUGGUGAAGGCGGCGUCACGCUCGACCGCGGCCGAGUGCCGGAAUCGUCCGGAGUCCGGAGUCAAGUGUGGGGGGAGCCCCCCUCUCACUCACACUCUCUCUCGCCUGCAGUAGGAGACGCAACAACGCUCCCGUUUGUGCUUGCGGGUGAAGCCUCCACGUUCCCGCGGGGAGCAUCGCAGCACGCCUCAAGACGCGGGUCGCAGCUGGUGGUGCCUGCUGAGGGCCCUGCUGAUUAUUACACCAGUGGAGCAAGGAUGGCGCAGUGGGCACAGCUGCAGCAGCUGGACACCAAGUUUCUGGAGCAAGUGGAUGAGCUAUACAAUGACAGCUUCCCCAUGGAAGUCCGCCAGUUCCUCGCUCACUGGAUUGAGAGCCACGACUGGAACCAUGCAUCCAACAAUGUUUCCCAGGCCACACUGCUGUUCCACAACCUGCUCACUCAACUGGACGACCAGUACAGCCGCUUCACGCAGGAGAACAACUUCCUAUUGCAGCACAAUUUGCGCAAAAUUAAGCAGAAUCUGCAGGCGCACUAUUUGGAAGACCCACUCCAGAUGGCUCUUAUCAUCUCCAAUUGCCUGGCAGAGGAGUUGAAGAUCUUGAGCAGUGCCCGCAACAUUGAGCAAAUGGGUGGCAUGGUGAGACAUGAACAUAUGGAAAUUCCCAGCAAGGUGAAGCACCUCGAGAGCAACAUGAACGAGAUGCGCAAGCGUGUGCAGACUAUGGAGCAGGAGAUCAAGAAUCUUGAGGACUUUCAGGAUGACUUUGAUUUCAAGUUUAAGACCAUGCAAAAUGGAGAGACCAUGGACGUCAACGGACACCGCAAUCAGGAAAUGAAGCAGCUGCAGCAGAUCUUGGUGGAUCUGGACCAGCGCAGACAGCGUUUCCUGAAGAGCACGGGCGAGCUGCUGGGCCUCAUGGAGUCGCUGCACAUUGCCGUGCUCAACGAUGAACUGAAGGAGUGGAAACAACGCCAGCAGAUCGCCUGCAUUGGCGGUCCUCCCAACACCUGCCUGGAUCAAUUGCAGAGCUGGUGUACCUCCCUGUCAGAGGGCCUGCUGCAGGUGCGGCAGCACCUCAAAAAGCUGGACGAGCUGCAGCAGAAGGUGUCUUACAGCGGAGACCCCAUCCCCGCCAUGCGGCCCGUGCUGGAAGAGAAGACCAACGAACUCUUCAUCACGCUCGUCAAGAGCUCUUUUGUGGUGGAGCGCCAGCCGUGCAUGCCGACUCACCCACAGCGGCCACUUGUGCUCAAGACAGGAGUGCAGUUCACCGUGAAGCUGCGGUUGCUGGUCAAGCUUGUGGAGCUCAACUACCAGCUCAAGGUGAAGGCCGUCAUCGACAGGGACGUGGACAGGCCUCCGAUUAAAGGCUGCCGGAAGUUUAACAUCCUCGGCACAAACACCAAAGUGAUGAAUAUGGAGGAGUCCAACAAUGGCAGCCUGUCUGUGGAAUUCCGACACCUGCAGCUGAAGGAACAGAAGUCUUCGGCUGGUGGUCGCACCAAUGAGGCUCCUCUGAUCGUUACUGAAGAGCUGCACACAUUCACCUUUGAGACACAGACGUUCCACCAGGGUCUUAAGAUCGAGCUGGAGACAUGCUCACUGCCAGUGGUGGUCAUCUCUAAUGUGAGCCAGCUGCCUUCGGGAUGGGCGUCCGUCCUCUGGUACAACAUGCUCACCAAUGACCCCAAGAACGUGAGCUUCUUCACGAGCCCCCCACCUGCGAUGUGGAGCCAACUCUCCGAGGUGCUGAGUUGGCAGUUCUCAUCCUGUACGAAACGAGGGCUCAACGCAGAGCAGCUGACAACUCUGGCAGAGAAACUGCUCGGCCCACGUGUCAACUACUGCGAGUGCCACAUUCCUUGGGCCAAGUUCUGCAAGGAGAAUCUGCCAGACAAGCCUUUCUCGUUCUGGCUGUGGUUGGAUGGCAUCCUGGAGCUCGUGAAAAAGCAUCUCAUUACGCUGUGGAAUGACGGCUGCAUCAUGGGCUUCAUCAGCAAGGAUAGGGAGCGCCAGCUGCUGAAGCAGAAGUCCCCGGGCACCUUCCUGCUACGUUUCAGCGAGAGCAGCAAAGACGGUGGCAUCACCUUCACCUGGGUGGAGCAGAGCAGAGACGGCGAAAAGCCCAUCAACUCGGUAGAGCCCUACACCAAGCAGCAGCUGUCUGCGGUGUCGUUUCCUGACAUCAUUCGCACGUACAAGGUGAUGGCUGAGCAAAAUAUUCCCACAAACCCACUCCAGUACCUGUACCCGGACGUGCCCAAGGACCAAGCAUUUGGGAAGUACUACGCUCCACCAACAGUUCCUCCUGAGCCAAUGGAAAUCGGCCCAAAGGAACCUGGUUACAUCAAAACCCAGUUCAUAUCUGUGUCAACGCAGCCAAACAGCUCCCCUCCGUCCUCAAGCAACAUGAUCUCUCAGCCACAAAAUCACGCGACUUCUCCACACUCGAGCUGUAUAGGUUCGCCUCACUCUGCACACAUACCUUCCCCUCACUCAGUUCACAUGACCCCCCAGCAUCCAGGUCAAGUGAUGUCGCCACACUCAGGGCAGCUGGCGCAUCCGCAUGAAGUCUUCACCAUGUCUUCGCCCGAGUAUGAGAUCAACAGUGGGCAUGCCGAAUUGCCUAACAGUGGCAUUGGUUACUCGAGCAGCAUGCAGGGCCAAUCGUUGUACAGCCAGUUCUACGGACAGGCGUGCUCAACGUUCCCGGCAUCGCACAUGUACCAGAACAACUGAGCCACAACACAAGUUGCCUCUGGAAGAAAGGAAGACCUGGAUGGGGAGGAGAAGUUUGAGCAGAGAAUGAUGAAGUGUGAGGACAGAUCUGGCUAUUAGGCAUAUUCUAUUCAUUUAUGAUUUAUGCAUGCCCAAUAACCUACUCAUUGCUUAACGACUACCCUCUUUCAACACUCACCCUCACAUCAUUGCACUACCACAGACAGAUAAUUAAUUCCCUUCAGUUUCAGAUCCACAUUUUGUCUCCGAGGUGGCAAUGGACGGAGUUAGUGACCAUGUGACAGCAGCUAGACUGGAGCGAGCCCAUGUUCAGUCAAACCCAGAAGCCUCACAUGAUGCGAGGCUUGUGGCAGUAAGAAGCAGGUGUCUCCUUCAGGAUAUGUGGAGCCCUCCACACUGCUGGGUCAGAGUGCUGAUUCAAUUUUUGACCUGUACAUGGGUAAUCCUUAUGGCAUUCUUGCUAAUUAACCUGAGUUUUCAAUUGAAGUAGGAAACCUAUUAAGCUAGGAAGGUGUUGCUCUUUUAAUAAUUUGCAAUUGAUUCCAGUAUGAGCAUAGAUUACUGUCCAAGGUUAGAAUGUAAACGCUGACAGAGGUGACUGGAAGUUACACUUUUUUUGCUUUUUAAAAAAUAUAUUUUUUAAGUACACUUUAGGAUUUUUUGUUUGAUUUUUUUUUUUACUCGCUAGAAUUUGUCAAUAUAGAAAUUCGGUCAUGUAAGUUUGUCCAAAACCACGAUAAUGUAGGUGGGGUGGGUGUAUGCCACAUGGAUCAUCAUGUUCAUGAGAUAGAUACCAAACCUGCAGGGUAAUAAGGUAUUGCAGCAAGUGCUUUGGAUGGGGUUUUUUAAUGUAAGCUCUAAUUGUAACUUUGGUGGGGUUUUCCAGGUUAUUGUUUUCUUCCAGGCAUGGAAACACUCUAUUUUGGAAUUAUCCAAACACUGCAAGCAGAACCAUCAUGCUUUGAUAAUAAGGUUUUCUGGAUCAAGGAAUAUUUUGGAAAUACUUGGGUAAAACAAUCGCUUACUUUCUUCCUUCCACCUUUUAUUUUCCAAGCUGUGAGUUCCUAAAAGUAUUAUUUGAAUGUGCCUCAAAGAUUAUUUUCAUUUGCCCCCAUAUUGUACAGUACGUGGUUUUAUAUUAGCUUUUUAAAAAAAAAGAUUGUUUUACUUUUACUCCCUUGACCUGUAUUGAACCUGUUAAUGUCUGCUUCAGGAUGGGGACAAAGGUGGCUGGUGUGACAACCCUGCAUGGCUUCUACGUGCCUAUGAUGCUGUUUGCAAUGGGGGGGGGGGGGGAGAGGGGUUUGCCACAUCGUAAGAAAUUGAGAUUUCCUAAGAAAUGUUGAGUUAAUUUUACAGUAAAGGUACUUUGCGAUUUUCUGUAAUGACUAGAGUUAAUAAAAAAACAUUCACUGCUUUUAACUUCACAAUCGGUGAAGGAGUAACGCCUUUAUGCAGUGUAAGCAAACGAGCAAUGGUUUGAGUAGCCUAUUGUAUAAACUAAGAAAUGUUUGUGUGUCCUGCAAGUAUAAGCAGUUCCCUGGUUUUUAUUUAGGAAUAAUGAUAAGUGGAGCAAUCCCUAAACUUCCCGUUCCUUUGGUGGGGGGGGGGGGGGGAGAAAUCCCGUAACCAGCUGUGCGGUGAAAUGAAGCUCAAGAUGGGAUUGUAUAGGUGCCUAUCCACAAGCUGUGUAACAUUAGUUCUGCCUGGCAGGACAAAACGGUCUCAGAAGAAGUCAUUAAAGGUGAUAUAAAAAAAAUGUGUAGAUAAAAGCCAUAGAUAUUGUAAGACGUGUCUUUGUAUCGCAAUGUAAUCGAUUCUACUCUGUAUAAGAUUAUUUGUGGAUUCACAAAUCUUGUUUUUCUUAAACUUUUAACGUUUUUGACGUGUCUUUUUGUCAUGUCCAUGUAGAUUAGACAAAGCAUGUAUUGUUCAGAUUACCAUAUAUAUUGCAACUAUAUUUUGAAUGUAUUUACCAGCAGUAAAGAAAAAAACUUGCUUGGAGUGCAUCUUAAAUGCUUUAAAGAUUAGAAUGUAAGCAAGGAUUGGAACACCCAGUGUGCUAUAUGGACGCAGUACGGCAGUAACAGGAUUGUUCAGACAAUGUACUUACAGCUUAAACACGUGUAUUGACUACAUAUUCCUCAAUGUAACCGGGUUAUGAUAAUGCCAUCCACGGCAAUAACUAUAGUGGUUUGCUAUAGGUAUCACUGGAUGUGACAGUAAUAUAUUUGCUUUGAUGUAACGUAUAUUGUCUUUAUUAGGGCUUGUGCAACUCCGUCCUGCCGUCCUGCAUGCUGUUUAUUUCAUACUAUAUAUAAACAAAACAUCUGUAUCCAAAAUUGUCUGUUACCUCCAAAAAAAAUAGAUAUUUCAGUAUUCCCACACACACACACACAGGUGUCAUGUCAUGUAAUGGGGGUAGACCGGCAAACCUAACAACGAUAUCUGAACUGGUCCUCGGUCCCUCUCUUCGACUACCCUCACUGACCAUUGCAGUGAAGUAUAGUAAAAAUAAGGAACCCAUGAAAGACACGGUGUGGUGAAAGCAUGUAACCAACAGAGCACGGACAAAAGGGCUGUGGUUAUAAAAUGAAUGUCAUACGCUAUCGAUAAUCUACAUCUCAUUGCGGAUAAACUACAGUGCCCAUUGGUAUUUACAUGUAUUGUAUUUUCGUGAGUUAAAUGUUAAGGCCUUUGGGCUUCAGUUGCGGCGUUAUCCAAUUUUUUAUCCAUUGCUGCCUUUUACUUUAAGCAUGAGUUGUCUAAUCAGAGUUAUUUGUAAUUAUAUAUAAAUUGCCAUUAAGCUGGUAAAUAACAGAUUUGGUGUCAUUUUGGGCCAAUUUGAUUUUUUUUAAGUUGCCAUUUUUUCUCAACUUUUUUUUAAAAUACGAUUACUUCCAGGUGGGCUUCCCGUCAAUCGCAACAGCAACACGGUUAUUCACUGUAGAAUUGUAUAAAUCUAAGGUCUCUUUUAAAUAUUAAUUGUACUAAAGUGUGUACAUGAGCAUUGAACUGCCACGUGUGUACUCUUCAUGUUACUGCACUGAGUAGCACAUUUACAAUUCUGUUUUUCUAGUUCUCAUUCAACAUAAUUCCCAUGCUUGCGGAUGGCAGAUAAGUGGCCACAACUAUAACCAUGCAUGGUGGUUAUGAUUGCCCUGGGUUGUAUUUCAAGGAUGCAUGUUCACAGAUGAUUGGAUUCGGGUUAAAAUGAGAAGUGGUUGGAGAAUUUCUGACGCGCAUUCACAAGACAACCAAAACAGACACGGCCUUUCAAGUAAACCACCCUUUGCACUGCUUUUAUGUGGCUUGAUUUGUUUUGUUGCUGUAAGCAACUCAGCUUUUGUGCUUUUAUUUCAUUUAAUUAAAAAAAUGAAAUUAA